CAUAAAGGUAUCUGAUUUAGUCUGGAUUUUGCUUCUCCUGUGACGUUUCGUUGAAGCCGAAAAGAGGGAGAAAAAAAAAAUGCCUGAGCCCGCAAAAUCCGCGCCUGCUCCCAAAAAGGGCUCCAAAAAGGCCGUGACCAAAACCCAGAAGAAGGGCGACAAAAAGCGUCGCAAGACCAGAAAGGAGAGCUACGCCAUCUAUGUGUACAAAGUGUUGAAGCAGGUCCACCCCGACACGGGGAUCUCCUCCAAGGCCAUGGGCAUCAUGAACUCGUUUGUCAAUGACAUUUUCGAGCGCAUCGCUGGAGAAGCGUCUCGUCUGGCUCAUUAUAAUAAGAGAUCCACCAUCACCUCCAGGGAGAUUCAGACCGCCGUCCGCCUGCUGCUGCCGGGAGAGCUGGCCAAACAUGCCGUGUCCGAAGGCACCAAGGCAGUGACCAAGUACACCAGCUCCAAAUAAUGCUGGGGAGAGAGGACUAAAGCCACCAAGUCAUCUCCUAGACCAUCAUAAUAACCACUUUCCUGUAGCCGGUGUUGAUUUCCUUUGCCAAGACCGCAUUCGUCUUUUGCAUCGCUGCCGGCUUAUCCGAGACUGAAUGCUGUUUGCCCAGGCCUUACGGAUGAAUGGAGCACUGUGUUUAAUUUUGUGAGUGAGAUUCCUGGUUGCCAGUGUCUUACCCUUCGUUUUUAACUCACGUCGUUUCUGAGCCGUGGGGGAAUGUUUUAACUAAUCGAAUAAAUUCACCUAGAUGUCGUGGAGGUUCUUGAAAUUGUAAACGUCGCCUCUUUGCUUUGCAGCCUUUUUAUUCUGUGUAAUCAUUAGCCAGUGAAUGUAUACAACUUAUUACCUGACAAAUACAUAUCAUGGAAUGGCAUAUUGAGUUGAAACAAUCAUACAAGUGAUUAAAACUGACUUAACGCUA